ACUCCUUAGAGGACUCCAAACAUUUUUGAAACCUCUGUUAUAUCCAAAACCAAAAAAUACAAACACUCUACUCUCAAAAUUUUCUGAAAAAACACUCAAGGCAAUUUCCAUGGCUUCUUCUAAUUUUUUUAUUUACAUAAUUUUUUUGUUAAUUGCAUCAUUUGGACAUGUUAUUGGAUGCUACGAGUCGAUAAUUAGCUUUGGUGAUUCAUUAGCCGAUACCGGAAACUUAAUUCGCCUAUCAAAAUCGAAUAACCAUGUUACUUCCGCUGUGCUUCCUUAUGGUGAAACCUUCUUUCAUCAUCCCACCGGUCGAUUCUCCGAUGGUCGUCUUGUUAUUGAUUUCAUUGCUGAGAGUAUGGGAUUUCCAUUUGUGCCACCAUAUGCUGGUGUUAUGAAAAACAUGUCAAGUAGAAAAAAAUCUAUAAGAGGAGUGAAUUUUGCAGUAGCAGGAGCAACAGCUGUGGAUAUUUCAUUUUUAGAGAAAAGAGGAAUUAAGAACCCUGCCACCAAUGUCUCACUAGGAAUUCAAUUGGAUUGGUUCAAACAAAUGUUGCCAAUUUUGUGCAAAUCACCAACAAGUUGCAGGGAAUUUCUUGGAAAUUCUCUAGUUCUAAUGGGGGAAAUUGGAGGCAAUGAUUAUAAUCAUCCAUUUCUUCAAGGAAAAUCGGGAGUAGAAGUUCAGUCAUAUGUGCCUGCAGUUAUUUCAGCAAUUGGUCUAGCCAUUAAUGAACUAAUUGAACUUGGAGCUCAAACAUUGAUAGUACCUGGAAAUCUACCAAUUGGAUGUUCAGCUGCUUAUCUAACAACUUUUAAAGACUCAAAUAAAAAUGAAUAUGAUGCUUCAACAGGUUGCAUCAAUUGGUUAAAUGAUUUUGCUGAAUAUCAUAACCAAUUACUUCAAGAAGAAAUUCAGCGACUUCGUGAGAUUCAUCAGCAUGCCAAUAUUAUCUAUGCUGAUUACUACAAUGCAGCCAUGCAAAUUUACAAAUCUCCCCAAAAAUAUGGUUUUACAAGCACUAUUGUAGCUUGUUGUGGAGGAGGUGGUCCAUACAAUUUUGACUCAAUGACAAAAUGUGGCUCACCAUCAUCAAAUGUUUGUGAAAACCCAUCUUCAUAUUUUAGUUGGGAUGGUGUACACUUGACAGAGGCAGCGUACAAAUUAAUAGCCCAAGGGUUAUUGCAAGGUCCAUACACAAUUCCUCACAUGAAUAAUGGACCUUGUUCAUUUGAUGGACUAAGUAAUAAGGAAUUAUCAGACCAAUAAUGUAUUGAAAGAGAUUGCGUAUAAA